AUGAUCGGCCUGAUUGUCCGGCUGUCACCUACACUCUCACUCACACUCUUUAUUGACCGCUGGCGUUUCACAGUUCCUCUCUCCAUCAUGGCUACUUGUUCCCGAAGUAUGAGAACGCCCGCGUCACCCCCCCCCCCCCCCCGCUCUCCCCGCUCUCCAUGUACCACGCCCCGCUCCCGCCUCGGCUCCGGGGCGACGCCAGGCAGUACUAGGAUCCUCCGCUGCCUCUGCGCCACCACCACCACCACCACCGGGCACAGCCAUAGUCACCACCACACCAAGCACAGCAACACCAUAUUUACCAACGCGCGCACCCUUACCGCCACCACAACUUCUACAAGUAAUCUUACAUUCAUCCUCAUCAACACCAAAAUGCAUCUUUCUCCUCGCUGCCAUCACCACCACCAGCAUCUAAACACCACCUCACCACCUCACCGCUCCGGGCUCCAAGACAGCCAGCCAACUCACACUCCUCCGCCCAAUUACGAAGAAAUUACUCAGAUUACAAACAAAAUCCGUUUCCCUAUUAACACAACCAGGAUUAGCACCUUUUCGCGCCAAAGAGAAAAUGCCUGA